GAAAUUUGGUCAUCAAAUCGUACGAAUUUAAAAGUCAAUAUAUGUACAAACAUAUAGUUGGUACCCGCAAAAACAAAUUAACCCGUGAAAACUGAGCGGUUCUACCAGGUCGAGUGGCUACUCGAUAGUUAGGAGUUCUGUUCCGGGCAUUGUCCUUCUCUGUUAAAAAAACUCUCCAUAAAGUGCAUCUUUUAGGCAAGUCUCCUAUGGGUUGCAUCAGACGUGUGCCUGGGGUCAUAGGUAGUUUACUUUCAAAGUCAAAAAUGGUGGCUCAUUAUCUGUCUCUAUCAGUUGAUAACAACAUCAGUUGGUAGGGGUGUUCAUUCAGUUCAAAUCGGAUAGAACCGAACCCAACCGAUUUGAAUUUUUAUUAAAAUAAUCUAAAUUAAUGAAAUAAAAGUUUUAACUAUCCGAAAAUUGGCUUAAAAUAACAAAAUUUGAAGCCGAAAAUCAGUCCGGUUCGGGCGUUGUAAAGUCAACUUCCAAAAUUCCACGUUAUAUAAUAUAUAUUCUUAAAAUCCUUUCAAUUCAAAGACUAAAAUCAUGCUUGGAAUGUUUCAGAAGACUUUAUAAAUAAUCUCUGGUCAACUUCAUAGCUUUCAUGUUCAUAUAUCUUCUAUGAAACUUCCUUGUCAAAAAUUCAACGUUUGAUGCUUAUUCAGAAUCAUUAACCUUUAAUGCUCUCACCAGAAACAUUAGAUCUUGAUCUUGUUGUCACUUCAGAAUGAGAUUCAUUUCUAUUUUCUGUCUCUCAAUUCUUGGAUUCUGCUCAUUAAUUCAAGCUCAGCAACCUUAUGUUGCAAAAGCUGCAACAAAUUGUUCGAAUACAGCAAAUUCAGCUCUCGGAUAUUCCUGUAACGGCCUCAACCCGACUUGCCAAGCUUACCUCACUUUCCGAUCCCAGCCUCCUUACGACACCGUUUCUUCCAUAGCUACCCUGUUAGGCUCUGACCCGACUCAGCUUUCUGCAAUAAACUCCGUUUUUGAAACUGCGUCGUUUGAUUCAGACAAGUUGGUGAUCGUCCCUGUCAGGUGCUCGUGUUCGGGUAAAUACUAUCAGGCUAACACUUCUUAUAUUGUUCAGUCUAAUGAUUCUCCUUUCUUGAUUGCUAAUAAUAUUUAUCAAGGUCUUUCGACCUGUCAAGCUAUUAAUGAUCAAAACCCGAGGGGGACUGUUGAUAUAUUUCCUGGUGAAUCACUGGCUAUUCCGUUGAGAUGUGCUUGUCCGACUAAGAACCAAACGGAUUUAGGCGUCAGGUAUUUAUUAAGCUAUGUCAUCACUCGGGGUGAUACGGUUUCCGGCGUUAGUGUAAGAUUCGGUGGAGAUACUGGUCGGAGUCUUGAUGCAAAUGGACUUAGUAUGGAAAAUCCCACUAUUUUUCCAUUCACUACACUCCUGAUACCUCUAGAGAUGGCGCCGACAAGUAGUCAAACGGUAACGCCGCCUCCUUCUCGAGCUUCACCGCCACCUCCGACACCAACUACUAACUCCUCCACCAGAAGGCCGAGAAAUAAAACAUGGAUCUAUGUCGCUGUUGGUGUUCUUGGAGGAAUUGCCUUUACACUUGGCACUGGUACCGUUGUUUUCUUUGCGUUAUUUCGUAAAAGUAGAAAGAAUUCGAAUUUGAUUAGUGGCUCUGAAAGCUUCGAGGCGCAUGGGAAACCGUUCAACAAGAAGUUAAAUGAAGAAUCUCAGGAUUUCUUGGACAGUAUUUCUAGUAUGGCUCAAUCCAUUACUGUAUACAAGUUGAAAGAACUUGAAGCUGCAACGGAUAAUUUCAGCCCGAGUUGCUUGAUUACGGGAUCUGUUUAUCGUGGCUCUAUUAAUGGUGAUUAUGCUGCCAUCAAGAAAAUGAAUGGUGAUGUGUCGAAGGAGAUAGAUUUACUAAACAAGGUCAACCAUUUUAACCUUAUUCGUUUAUCCGGUGUUUGUUUCAGCGAUGGUAUUUGGUAUCUUGUUUACGAGUAUGCUGCUAAUGGAGCGCUGAGUGAUUGGAUUUAUAACAGCAACGGAAAAUUCUUGAGUUGGAUACAGAGAGUACGAAUUGCUUUGGAUAUUGCGACAGGGCUUAACUAUCUACACAGUUUUACGAAUCCUCCUCAUGUUCACAAGGAUAUAAAAAGCAGUAAUGUUCUUCUUGAUAGCGAUUUCCGGGCUAAGAUCACGAAUCUCACUAUGGCGAGAUCAACGGAAGGACAAGACGGUGAAUUUGCUUUGACACGGCAUAUUGUGGGGACAAAAGGUUACAUGGCUCCUGAGUAUUUGGAAAAUGGUCUUGUCUCCACAAAGCUUGAUGUCUAUGCAUUUGGUGUUGUUAUGCUGGAGAUAGUUAAUGGAAAAGAAAUUGCUGCUUUCUACACAGAGGAAAAUGUGAAUUUAUCCGAUACGAUAAAUCAUGUUCUUUCCGAAGAAGAUGAACAAAAGAGUCUGAAGCAAUUCAUUGAUCCUUCUUUGGAAGGGAAAUGUUCUUCAGAAAUCAUCGUGUAUAUGUUGAAAUUGAUCGACAGUUGCUUGAAUAAAAAUCCAGCUGAUCGUCCUUCUACCGAUGAGAUUACUCAAGCUCUGUCAAGAAUCUUGACUUUUUCACUGAGCUGGGAACCGUCAAACACCUCAGGAUACCAGAGUUUUAGCAACAGCUCGACAGAAAUGUACUCGAAAUGAGAAUCUCUCAGCUGUUAUUGUAAGUUCCUUUUGUAGAGUGUUCUUGUUCAAGAACUGUUUUUUUUUUUCUGGCUUACAACUCAUGUAUAAUUUAAAUAAUAUAGAGUACCGUUCUAAAAUCAAAACCAAAUAUUCAUUUUACAUGCAAUUAACAGAAUUUAUCACACAAAAAAAAUCAAA